GCGACGUAUGAAAUUGUCGAAAAACAAUAUGGCCGCCCUGUUUUCAAUUUCAAGAUCAGACCAGAUAUUUUUUAUGCACUUCAUCGUCUGUUUAUGUUUUCAUUUUUGAUUUCGCAAUUUAACAUUUUUUUUCUGUUUCAAUCUGGCACAUCGAUUUCAGCGUGUGAAAUAGUGUGUUGGCGCAUUACAACGGUUGCUGAUUACAAUUGAGUGGGCCAAACGAAAAGAAAUAGAAGUAAAAAGGCACAGGGAGCGAGAGAAAAAAGGAAAAUUGAGAGCGAGAGAGAAUAAAGCGUAUACGAAAUAGUCAAAGCAUGUUAAAAACAAAAUAAAUUUUGUUGAAUCAGAAGAAUAAUUCGCUGAAUUCAAUCAACGAACAAUCGAGAAAUCAAAAGUUGUCAGUGUCGAAAUGUCGUCUGAUGUAGAUGAUGACCAAGUUCUUCCGGAUUCAUUGCAAAAGCUGGAAAUUGUUCCCGUUUACUCACAUUCACAGUCGGCCUGCAAAUCGAACAACGAACGCAAUCAAAAUCCAUUCUUUUCGGUAUUAUCGACAGCGAACGGGAUCGAUGAUCGGAUAAUCAAAGACCUGUUUGGGCCAACGUGUAGCAAUUGCGAAAGCAGCGAUAACUCGUCGUGUGACAUGGACAGUGUGAAUUCGAGUAGCGGUAGUAAGGAUGUGUCAAACAAAAGUUGGCGACAUCGUGGUAGUAGUGUAAGUCAGUGUAUCGAACACAGCAUUAACAAGCAGAUUCAUUUCAAACAUCGUGAUAAGGAGAAAUCUCAAGUGUUGUCCGACAAGAAGCUAACAAUACUGCGUGAACCGAUUCUAAAAUCCAUUGGCCGUUCGGCGUAUCACAAUGGCAACCAGAGUAAAUCGUGUUGUGAACCGAAAUCGAGUAUUGAGCACAGCGGCAACAGUGCAAAGAACAGCGAUCUGAGCAAUUCAACGAAUCCAACAGUUUGGUUUGCACUGAAAUCACAGUGCGGUAAUGGUGGUGGUGGUGAUGAUGAUGAUCAAGGUGCAAAUGGACAGCUCAAAGCAAAUUGUACGAUUACCAAAAGUGGAGCCGCCGAAUUGAGCACAACUAAAGUGGUAGGUGAAUGUCAGCAUGUGGUGCCAGGCACUUCAGUGGACGCAAAUAAUGUGAUGAUUCAUAGAAUACAAAAUUGGCAAUUGAACGAUGAUUCAACCGUUGAUUUUAAGUCAUUGGUCAAUGAAUGCGAUAAUCUAACGUUGUCCACACGGGAUGGAAGCAUCAGUUCAAUUACGGAACUGCAUAAAACGAAAAACUUUCAAGUACUGCAAUCAAAUCAAAUGGGCGGAAAUAUUGGUGUCGGCACCGCAUCAUCGACUGGUGCAACCGACACAAAUUCGCCGAACAAUAGCAUUCAUGCAACGAUGGCGACAGCGACGACGGCGACAGUACUUGCUGGCACUGGAACCAGCAGCAAUGCGAUGAAUAGCAGCCUGAGCAGCAACAGCAGCAAUUCAUCGUCGUGUUCGCAACAGGCACGCAUGAACUCAAGUAACUGUGAUGUCACAAUCGACGAAUUGGCGAGCUACAUCGAAUUUCAAUUGCAUCUCCCCAAGCCCAUGUCCUCAAACGUUUACGAAGCAAUGUUUUCGUAGCUACGUUCUACUUUUCAAUGCCGGAACAUAGAACCAAAUUUUGUGGUUGGCAUACUACAACAAUAAUAUAUCGAUAUAUUUAUGUGUUUGUGUAUGACGUAACUCUUUGAUCACUGGCAUUCAGAUUACGAGAUUUUAUUUUGCAGGCUCUUGACUUGUAAAUAGUCAAAACAAAACCGCUGUUUUCUUUUUGUUCAAUCGAUUACGCAUUUCGUUACACUUUUUCUUCAUUUAUUUUUAUUCUAUACUACUGCAGCUGAAUGAUAGGCCGUAUCAUCCGUAUCCUCAUUCUCAAUUUAAAAAUAACUCGUGAAUCGAAAGUGAAAAUGAAUCGUCAAUUUUUAUUUGGAGUGUGUACGUGUCCAUGUAAAGAAAAAAAGAGCGGCACAUAUUUCAGAUUUAAAUAGAGAGAGAGAGAGAGAACAAAAAAGGGAGCCUAUUUCAUUUGAAACAGGUGACGCAUUUUAACUGAGGAAAUAUAACUGUAGCACAUAAUGAGUGGAAACAAGAGGAAAGCAAAACAAAAGAGAAGAAACAAUGCUAAACCUCUAUUAGUACAAUACGUAUUUUUAUUUCGUUUCGUAAAACUCUAUGUAUACAAAACCACAAAAACACAUCAAUUGAUGCAUUGGUUUCAUUUGUAACCCAACCCCCCCUCUUAUCCUUCUUCUUCUUCUUCUCGUAAGAAAUCAGAAAAAGAGACACAUAACAUGGACCUUAGGAUUUUUUUUAUACGCAGCCAAUAUAUUUAUAUUUAAAAUGAAACAAACAAAAAAAAUGAAAUUAAUAAAAUUACAUGGAAUUAGAUAUGAAAUUGAAUAAUUUAUAGAUAAAUAUGAUCGAUAUUUCAUAAGAAACAAAAAUUCGUAUUUAUGAGAGAGAAGAAAUUAUUGCAAAUUAGUUAAUAAAAAGAAACAACAACAACAAAAUGAUUUGAACGCA